AUGGGAGCGGCAGAUCCGAACGACAAGUGUGGAACGGCCUUUGAGACAGGGACUGCCAAGAGUGACACUUUCUGCGGGAAAACAGCCAAGAACUGUGCAUCCUGCAAUGGAGAGUGGUGCAAGCGGGGUGUUACGAAGCCUGCGGUAAAAGCCGAAGAGUCGGAGAAGGUCCAGACGGUCAAUGCCGCAUCGAGCGCUCAGGGCUUCUGCUGCUACCGCGGCGAUGGCCAUCCGAGGAACGUGUGCGGAGCCUGCGCGGACGUCUCGCAGGACGCCGCGUGCGCAAGUGCAGCCGGCUGCAGCAAGUGUGGGGGCUCAUGGUGUGCUGGUCCCAAGUGCAUCAAGGCCUUCAAAGACAAGGCAGAUCCCUGCAGCUCGGCGUUCGGGCAUGACUCGGUGGCAUCGGCAGAGGAGUACUGCUCCGGGUCCAAGGAGCACUGCGACUCCUGCCAUGGGGCAUGGUGCGAGGCCUACAACAUCACCUUCGUGACGGGCGAGAAGUUUGACCCGGACCAUCCUUUCAAAACGCCCAGCGACGAAGACGAGGAUGUGGAGGAUGUGGAGGAAGUGGAGGACCCGGAGGGUGCGGAGACCAUCGCUGACCUCUUCCCUGAUGGCCUCGCCAAGAAGGCUUAA